AUGCCUAAUUUAUUUGAAUGUUCCUGUUUAGGAUGGUCAACUACCGGCAGUUUGAAUACGGCUCGAUACCUGCACACAGCAUCUGUAUUGCCAAACGGAAAAGUCUUAAUUGCUGGUGGAGAUAAUGGGGCCACUUUGAGUGGUGCAGAAGUGUACGAUCCAUCAACAGGACUUUGGACGAAUACUGGAAGCAUGAAUAAUGCACGAAUCUGGCACACGGAAUCCACAUUGCUAAAUGGGAAAGUAUUAGUUGCUGGUGGAUAUGGCAUGAGAAGUGCGGAACUGUACGAUUCAUCAACAGGACUUUGGACAAAUACUGGAAGCAUGAAUACUUCACGAUACGGACAUACAGCAUCCACAUUGUCAAAUGGGAAAGUUUUAGCUGCUGGUGGAUAUACGAUAAGUAGUGCAGAACUGUACGAUCCAUCAACAGGACUUUGGACAAAUACUGGAAGAAUGAAUACUGCACGAUACGGACAUACAGCAUCCAUAUUGCCAAAUGGAAAAGUUUUAGUUGCUGGUGGAUAUACGGAAACAUCUUAUUUGAAUAGUGCAGAAGUGUACGAUCCAUCAACAGAACUUUGGACAUAUACUGGCAAUUUCAGCAUUGCACGAGAGGGACACACUGCAACCAUAUUGUCAAAUGGAAAAGUCUUAGUUGCUGGUGGAAACGAUAAGGAUGGUCGUACUUUGAGUAGCGCACAAGUGUACGAUCCAUUAAGAGGAAUCUGGGAAAAUACACGCAACAUGAGUAUUACACGAUCAUAUCACACCGCAUCCACAUUGCCAAAUGGAGCAGUUUUAAUUGUUGGUAGAGCGUACAAUGCAGAAAUCUACGAUCCAUCAACUGGACUCUGGAAAAAUACGAAUAGUAUGAGUACUCUACGAUAUAGUCACACAGCAUCCACAUUGGCAAAUGGAGCAAUCUUAGUUGUUGGUGGAAACUAUGGCGGUUAUGCCAAAAGUAGUGCAGAGUUAUACGGAUGA